GUUACGUUGUUGAUUCGGGGUGGUCCGCAGUGUUUUCGCAGAAUUCGGAGCAAAUUUGGAACGAAGAAACGCAGGAUGUGCUGCGUACCGGAGUGAUCCGUUUGUGAAUUUCAGCCGCUGCGCCACCCGCUGGCGUCAUCAGGCCACACUGCGAGUGUUUCUCUCCCCGAAAAGUAAUGGCAUUCCUGUGCCCCGUUCGUAUUCGUCGUGGGAAAAAGAAGAAACCACUCGGCGGUGAUAUCGACAAGGAUCUGUCGAGCAGCCUCGGGCUAAACCAUGGGAUGGGCCGGAUAACCGGAUCGGCCAGCAUCGAGACGCUGGUCCGGGUGGGUAUCGAGAAGGAGCACGGCCUUAGCCCGGAGUCCAAAAUGGCCGUGCUUCACGAUUUCACGCCCUGCGUCGAUGAUGAGCUGGAGGUGAAACGAGGCCAGAUCGUGAACAUUCUGUACCGCGAAAACGACUGGGUGUACGUGAUCGGACAGGACACUCGGCAGGAAGGCUUCAUACCGUACUCGUACUGUGCUCCCUUCAACACCCAGCUGGCCGAUUUGGCGAUCAAGAAGAAGCUACCGCGCGACCUCACGACGAUGGGCGCUGGUGCUGGUGUUGGUGGCCCCGGUGGCGGUGGUCCUGGCAGCGGUCUGGUGGGUGGCAGCGAUCUUACAGAUGGUAUGCCGGACAUUAGCAUCGAUGUGCUGGACGACAGUGGGCCCGGAAUGCUCACAAACGCACUGAAACACUCGCAGGCGAGCCUCAGCUCCGAACCGGACUUUCUGCCCUUCGCAAAGGACCCCAGUGGUCGGUACAUAGUCCUGUACACGUUUAUUGCGCGCGACGAGAAUGAUGUGUCGGUCGAGCGGGGCGAGUUUGUGACGGUGUUGAACCGUGAGGAUCCGGAGUGGUUCUGGAUCGUACGCAGUGACGGUCAGGAAGGUUUCAUACCGUCCGGGUUCGUGUAUCCGGCCGAAAACAUUCUACAGGGUCAGUCCGGCAAGCAGCAACAGCAAGGUGGAGGUGUAAAUACUUUGGAUAUGAACAUGGUGCCAAUGGGGGGCGGUGGUUGCGGUACGAACAUGGCAAUCAGUGCCAACCAACACCAACAGCAGCAACAACAACAUCAACAGCAGCAGCAGCAGCACCAGCAACAACCGGGCAUUGGGUCAGAUGACUUGCGGUACCACGGAACCGAGUUGGUUAUGCUCUACGAUUAUAAGGCACAAGCCCCAGAUGAUUUGAGCGUCCGGCGAGGCGACUGGAUCUACGCCGACCUGAACAACCAAACGGUGGACGGCUGGUUGUGGGCCUACGCACCGAAAACCCGCAAAUACGGUUUCAUCCCGAAAGCGUAUGCUCGCCCGCCCGCCAUGACAAGUCUGUAGCUUUCGCUCCAACCCCUCAAGCGUGUCGGACGUUGAGUUUCGUCCCUUUUCACAAUGGCUAGGUUUAAUUUAUUUGUAAAACAACUGAAAGUGCUUAACAUAUCGCUAUACUGUUUCCCUUCUUACGGGAACCCAUUCCGUUGAUGGCAUAUUCCAUUUCAGCCUUCGCAACAGGCACGCACCAUUGCGGUGCCGCUAAAAAUAUUACACUUUAAAGAAUAUCGAUGGGUUUUGCGUAUUUUACGUACGAGUACGACGGAGCGCCAAGUCUAUUAACUUUAUUUUCUAUUAAUAUAUUUUAUAAUAAAAGAACGAAGUGGUGAAUCA